AUGCUAUUCUUUUCUCACUUGAUCAUCGCGGCCGGAGCCCUCAUGACUUCGGUGCGCCAUUCUAGCCGGCCGGAGCCCGGAGACUUUGUUCAUUUCGUUCGCCAAGGUCACCGGUCCCUAAGCACGACGCGGCUCGCGUUCCCUUCCACACCUGUGACGCGCAAAGGCAGAAUUUCUCUCCCUGUCUCUCGGAUGGUCACCCCGAAAAAUAUCAUCAAGUGGUACAAGCGACCCAGAACUAUCGAUGGUCGUCCCCAGUCUCACCCAGACCAUCAUUCGCUGUACUCAAAUGCCACCUGGCCAGAUUCCACCUCUAUUCAUGAGCGUGUAAUACUAACUGUCAACUACUACGAUGGCCCGAAGGAUCUAGCAGUGUACGAUCAUCGUCGGGCCCUCGCCAUCUACGUAGAUACUCCCAAUGAUUUGGCCUUGUACGACCGCCCCAGUUCCCUUGCCCUCUACUCCGGGCCAGCAUACUACGAUUGGCUUCUAUUGGAUCCGAGUUUGUAUCAUAUUGCCUCCAAGACCUGUGCAGUACGACUCGUCAAGCCCACCGCGUUUAAUAAGCCAAAGCACCCAGGCGAUUUUAGCCGCAAUGGUUGGAUGUUACACAAGCUUCUCAGUGUCCUAACCAAGCACAUCCCUACCGGCGAGGUCAUGCAUUCUAUUACACGAGUCUCGCUCAAUGUGUAUACUCUUAUGCUUUUGGUUGUGCUAUCUGGUAUGCUAUUUCAGGGGCGCAAGAGGUUAGCCGAGUCAAUUGAGUACGAUACAUCUACCGGCUCACAUUGUGGUGGCCUACCAGCAGCAGCUCGUACACCAGCUCACCUUUUGUUCGAACAGGUUGGGUUCAGUACUAGCGAGCAAGAUUGUUGGUGGACCACUGGCGAGAAGUAUAUGUCACGCAAGGAUGUGCUCACAAUAGUACUUCCACAUAUCACAUCCAACCCCUCCCUACUAGCGCCCGCUCCCAAUCUCGUCCAACUUCAGUGCGACUCAUCAACCGCCGAAGAGGCUUCCUGCGUGCGCUGGAGGGCGUUGAGCGGAGCAAGAGAACGUAUGAUUUGGAUUGAGACGAAAGCCAAGUACGCGGCAAAAUGGCAACCGAGUGCAGGGACCGGUCUAGGAACGAGCUGCUGGCGAGCUUGA